UUUGUUUGCGAGAGCAGGUUCCCGGAUGUCAGUCAGUAGACCAGUGCCGCAUUCGACCUCGAAACACCGAAGCUUUGGAUCUGACUAGGUUUGUAAACCAGGACCUUGUAUCGUCUAUCUGUGCCCACAUUUAAUGUAAUUUCCGUAGGAAUCCAGAUUUAAUGAAACGAAAUACCGCGCAUUUGUGCGUGUAGUUUGGAGACGCUCCCUCGCCUGGCCCCGCCCCGCCCCGCCCCUCUCGGGAGGCGGAAGUGUGACGUGUGUUUGAGCGGUUGGUGCGGUGUGUUGUUGUGCUCGGUGGUAUCUCCCGGGAUGAGCUGCUGUCUGUAGCGGGUCGGUGAUGCUGCGGCGGGUUCGAGCUCAGCUCCGGCAGGUGGUGGAUCAGAUGGCGAAGAGACCCGAGCUGUGCUGCGGCGCGAUCCUGCUCACCUGCGCGCUAAUACUGCCCUUAACUCUCACCUGCAGUCGUGUGAAGAGUGUGGUGGUCUCUCGUGCUCCGCUGCGCUUCUUCCCGGCCGAGGCUCCUCUGGUGGAUCUGUUCCUGGGUCAGUUAGAGGAAGUGGAUGGUGUGCUGGAGGAAGCGGAUGUGUCUCUGGUGUUCUACUACGCCCCCUGGUGUGCUCACUGCCUCGCUGCACGACAGCACGUCCAGCAGGUGGCGCUGCGGCUCGCUCAGCAGGUGCAGUUUGUGGCGGUGAACUGCUGGUGGCAUCAGGGCAGAUGCAGGAAGCAGAAGAGCUUCUUCCAGUAUCCAGUCAUUCAUCUGUUCUACAGGAGGUACAGUCCGAUCCAGUACAGGGGUCCGGUCCGGUCUGAGUAUCUGGAGAGCUUCAUUCAGAGAGUUAGUGCUCCGCUCACCUACCUGCCCUCCGUUAGAGCCCUGCACACCUUCCUCACACAGCACCAGACAGGAGAGAUCGAGACAGAGACGCACUUCCUCCUGCACGGCGGUGGCAGGGGCGUGUCUCUCCGGGAGGAUGAAAGUGUGUAUCUACACCGGCGUCCUGAACAGCUCUCUGUGUUCCCACGGUCACAGAGGAACUUCACUACACACACCAUCUGUGAUUGGGUCUUUGAGAACAGAGAGAGCGUCAUUCACUGGAUUCAGCCAACGGGAGCCAAGAGUUACGCGCUGGAGGCGGAGCUACAGAAAGGCCCCGCCCUCCUGACCUUCCUCCCACACAAUUCCCUCGCAGCCAAUCAGCUGCUGACACAGCCUGAUGUGGCGCUGCAGUAUCACUCGUGCAGCGGCUCACAGGAGUCCCCCCCGCGCUGCUGUCAGUCUGUGCCGGAUCCGUGGGCCGGUGUGAGUGUGUGUGAGCUGUGUGUGUCUCACUGCUGGGCUCUGGAGCGGUCUCUGCAGCGGGUCAGUGUGUCGUCCUGCAGGAGCGUCCAGAGCUCGUACGCUGUGUUCGGCCGCUGGAGUGUGUGCUGCAGGCCCCCCCCAGACUCCAUCACAGGCCUGCAGUGCCGCUCCAACAACACCCUGCGCUUCUACCUGCUGGACACACAGCUGCACUGGACACUGGCACAGAGACUCGGAGCGUCCGCUGACCAGAGCCUGCCCUUCAUCACCAUCAUCAACCUCAGAGACGAGACACACUAUGUGCUCGACCGCACCGACACACUGGGAGACUUCAUCCAGAACUUCAGUGUGUCCUACAGUCCUCUACACAGGCAUCUGGUGGGACAGAAACCACAGCAGCAGACACAGUCCCUCAUACAGGAAGUGACCUCAGACAGCUUCCUGCAGACCGUCAUGGACUCUCAGAGGGACGUGCUGCUGCUGUAUUACUCGGUCUGGUGUGGCUUCUGCUCGGCUCUCAAUCAUGUGUUUCUGCAGCUGGCUCGUCUGUUCCAGGGAAACAGCGCCCUCAUGGUGGCCAGAGUGAAUGUCGGCCAGAAUGAUCUGCCCUGGGAGUUUAUGGUGGAUCAUGUGCCGUCUGUGCUGUUCUUCCCCAGACACAGGAAGCAGAUGAGUGUGAAGUUUCCUGAGAACAUGCCCAUGACUGUUCCCAACCUGCUGCGGUUCGUUCUGCAGCACACAGGCCACGCCCACAGCACACAGGAGUCAGGGGCGGAGCCUAAGUCCCUGCUGGAGGCGGAGCUUCGGGCGCUGCAGCAGCAGGUGUUUUCUCUGCAUCGAGCCAGAGAGCGUCUCUCUGAGCAGCUGUCGGUCCUGUGGAGGGAGAACCGGCGGCUCACGCUGCACACACACACGCUGGAGACCCAGAAUGCCGAGCUGCAGGAGCAGAGCUUGCAGCUGGAGACACUGUACAGAGAGAAAACACGCCAGCUGAGCGACACCGUCCACAGACUGCAGGAGCUCGCAGACGCAUCUGAAGAACUGCUGAAGGAGAACUCACUGCUCCGAGUGCUGCUCACCGUCCUGAGAGAGAGAGACGGAGGGGACACAGACGGAGGGGACACAGACGGAGGGGACACAGACGGAGGGGACACUGAGAGACGGGACACAGAGAGACAGCGUGAGGCUUCCUGACCACGGAUGAUUAUCAUACAGAAUCUGUUAAGAACACGUCCAGCUUGUCCACAAAAACUAAUCAGAAAUGUUGUUUUAUAAGAAAAGAUGUGUGCAUUAUUGUCAAACUACAUUUUCAAAGUGCAUUUUCACCCUGAAGGCAAAUCAUCUCAUUACUGUAUGAGAGAUGUCUACGUGUUUAGACAUCAUGGUGGGAUUUAUUGUACAGAUUUAAUAGAAAAAAAUCAUUUAUUAAAAUUGUAAAUGACAUUUAAAACAGACGAUCUAAUGAGAAAUGCCGUUUGAAGAGAAUUAGAAGAAAAACCUCUGGACAAAUGACAGAACUGAAAAUGAGAUGAUUUAGAUUGAUGAGCAUUUGUUUAAUUAUUAUAAAAAUACAGCAACCGUAGGAUUCAUGUUCUCUGAAUGUAUCUUCUGUUUUGUUUUCUUGUGUUUCAGAGUGAAAUCUGCACAUGUUCUGCUGAUUAAUUAUGACUGUCGUUACAGAUGAUUGAAGAUGUUCCUCGAGGGUUUGAUGUGACGACACACACAAAAGACUUGUUAAAGUAUUUCUGUUUGUUUUGUUGAAAUUAUGCUUUUUUCAUGUAUUCUGGUAGAGUCUUCAGGGAAUCUCAGGUUUGAAGAGUUAAAUUAAAGAUAAUGCUGGUGAAUGUGAUCA